AUGGGGGACGUGGCCAACAGUUCCAUCGAGUUCCACCCCAAACCCCAGCAGCAGCGGGAGGCCCCCCACUCAGGGGGCUUUGGGUGCACACUGGCUGAGCUGCGCUCCCUCAUGGAGCUCCGAGGGGCCGAGGCGCUGCAGAAAGUCCAGGAAACCUACGGGGAUGUGGGCGGGCUCUGCAGGAGGCUGAAGACCUCACCCACGGAGGGCCUGGCCGACAACACCAAUGACUUGGAGAAGCGCAGGCAGAUCUACGGGCAGAACUUCAUCCCUCCCAAGCAGCCCAAGACGUUCCUGCAGCUGGUAUGGGAGGCCCUGCAGGAUGUGACCCUCAUCAUCCUGGAGGUGGCCGCCAUCGUAUCCCUGGGCCUCUCAUUCUAUGCGCCACCUGGAGAGGAGAGCGAAGCGUGCGGGAAUGUGUCGGCUGGGGCAGAAGACGAAGGGGAGGCCGAGGCGGGCUGGAUUGAGGGGGCCGCCAUCCUGCUGUCUGUCAUCUGCGUGGUCUUGGUCACGGCCUUCAACGACUGGAGCAAGGAGAAGCAGUUCCGGGGCCUGCAGAGCCGCAUCGAACAGGAGCAGAAGUUCACCGUCAUCCGGAACGGGCAGCUCCUGCAGGUCCCGGUGGCUGCGCUGGUGGUAGGGGACAUCGCCCAGGUCAAGUAUGGAGACCUGCUGCCCGCCGAUGGCGUGCUCAUCCAGGGCAAUGACCUCAAGAUUGACGAGAGCUCCCUGACGGGCGAGUCGGACCACGUACGCAAGUCGGCAGACAAAGACCCCAUGCUGCUGUCAGGCACUCAUGUCAUGGAAGGUUCUGGAAGAAUGGUGGUGACAGCCGUUGGUGUGAACUCUCAGACAGGCAUCAUCUUUACCUUGCUUGGGGCUGGUGGAGAGGAGGAGAAGAAGGAUAAGAAAGCUAAGAAGCAGGAUGGGGCCGUUGCCAUGGAGAUGCAGCCCCUGAAGAGUGCAGAAGGUGGGGAGACGGAGGAGCGGGAAAAGAAGAAAGCCAACGUGCCCAAGAAGGAGAAGUCGGUCCUUCAGGGAAAGCUCACCAAACUGGCUGUGCAGAUCGGGAAAGCAGGGCUGGUGAUGUCUGCCGUCACCGUCAUCAUCCUGGCCCUCUACUUCGUGAUCGAGACCUUCGUGGUGGAUGGCCGGGCGUGGCUGGCAGAGUGCACACCUGUCUACGUGCAGUACUUCGUCAAGUUCUUCAUUAUCGGUGUCACCGUGCUGGUUGUGGCUGUCCCAGAGGGCCUGCCUCUUGCUGUCACCAUCUCCUUAGCUUACUCUGUCAAGAAAAUGAUGAGGGACAACAACCUGGUCCGCCACCUGGAUGCCUGUGAGACCAUGGGCAAUGCCACGGCCAUCUGCUCAGACAAGACAGGCACGCUGACCACCAACCGCAUGACCGUGGUGCAGUCCUACCUCGGGGACACCCACUAUAAAGAGGUUCCGGCCCCCAGCGCCCUGACCCCCAAGAUCCUCGACCUCCUGGUCCACGCCAUCUCCAUCAACAGUGCCUACACCACCAAAAUACUACCUCCAGAGAAGGAAGGCGCCCUCCCACGCCAAGUGGGCAACAAGACGGAGUGCGCUCUGUUGGGCUUCGUCCUGGACCUGAAGCAGGACUUCCAGCCCGUGCGGGAGCAGAUUCCUGAAGAUAAGCUUUACAAAGUGUACACCUUCAACUCGGUCCGCAAGUCCAUGAGCACAGUCAUACGCAUGCCCGACAGCGGCUUCCGCCUCUUCAGCAAGGGCGCCUCGGAGAUCCUGCUGAAAAAGUGCACCAACAUCUUAAACAGCAAUGGGGAGCUGCGCAGCUUUCGCCCUCGGGACCGGGACGACAUGGUGCAGAAGAUCAUCGAGCCGAUGGCCUGCGAUGGGCUCCGCACCAUCUGCAUCGCCUACCGGGACUUCUCCGCUGCCCAGGAGCCCGACUGGGACAACGAGAACGAGGUCGUGGGCGACCUCACCUGCAUAGCCGUUGUGGGCAUCGAGGACCCCGUGCGGCCCGAGGUCCCUGAAGCUAUCCGCAAAUGCCAGCGCGCUGGCAUUACAGUCCGCAUGGUGACGGGGGACAACAUCAACACGGCCCGUGCCAUUGCGGCCAAGUGCGGCAUCAUUCAGCCCGGGGAGGACUUCCUGUGCCUGGAGGGGAAGGAGUUCAACCGGCGGAUCCGAAACGAGAAAGGCGAGAUAGAACAGGAGCGUCUGGACAAGGUGUGGCCCAAGCUGAGGGUCCUUGCCCGAUCGUCUCCCACCGACAAGCACACUCUGGUUAAAGGGAUCAUCGACAGCAACACCGGCGAGCAGCGGCAGGUGGUGGCCGUGACUGGGGACGGCACCAACGAUGGGCCAGCCCUCAAGAAGGCGGACGUGGGCUUCGCCAUGGGCAUCGCGGGGACUGACGUGGCAAAGGAAGCCUCGGACAUCAUCCUGACGGACGACAACUUCACCAGCAUCGUCAAGGCCGUCAUGUGGGGCCGCAAUGUCUACGACAGCAUCUCCAAGUUCCUGCAGUUCCAGCUGACGGUCAAUGUGGUGGCCGUGAUUGUGGCUUUCACGGGUGCCUGCAUCACUCAGGACUCUCCUCUCAAAGCCGUGCAGAUGUUGUGGGUGAACUUGAUCAUGGACACAUUCGCCUCUCUGGCCCUGGCAACAGAGCCGCCCACUGAGUCGCUGCUGCUGCGGAAGCCGUAUGGCCGGGACAAGCCCCUGAUCUCACGGACCAUGAUGAAGAACAUUCUGGGCCACGCCGCCUACCAGCUCACUACCAUCUUCACGCUGCUGUUCGUCGGCGAGCUCUUCUUCGACAUUGACAGCGGGAGGAACGCGCCCCUGCACUCGCCGCCCUCCGAGCACUACACCAUCAUCUUCAACACCUUCGUCAUGAUGCAGCUCUUCAACGAGAUCAACGCGCGGAAGAUCCAUGGCGAGCGCAACGUCUUCCACGGCAUCUUCGGCAACCCCAUCUUCUGCACCAUCGUGCUGGGCACCUUCGCCAUCCAGAUUGUCAUCGUGCAGUUCGGCGGAAAGCCCUUCAGCUGCUCCCCGCUGUCUACGGAACAGUGGCUCUGGUGCCUGUUUGUUGGUGUUGGGGAGCUGGUCUGGGGACAGGUCAUCGCCACCAUCCCCACCAGCCAGCUCAAGUGCCUGAAGGAAGCGGGGCAUGGGCCCGGGAAGGACGAGAUGACCGACGAGGAGCUGGCUGAGGGCGAGGAAGAGAUCGACCACGCCGAGCGGGAGCUGCGCAGAGGCCAGAUCCUCUGGUUCCGGGGCCUCAACCGGAUCCAGACGCAGAUCCGGGUGGUGAAAGCAUUCCGUAGCUCCCUCUACGAAGGCCUGGAGAAACCCGAAUCCAAGACCUCCAUCCAUAAUUUCAUGGCGACGCCCGAGUUUCUGAUCAAUGACUACACCCACAACAUCCCGCUCAUCGAUGACACGGACGUGGACGAGAACGAGGAGCGCCUGCGGGCCCCGCCCCCGCCCUCCCCCAACCAGAACAACAACGCCAUAGACAGCGGCGUCUACCUGACUACGCGCGGCACCAAGUCAGCUACCUCGUCAGUGUUUUCUUCCCGCCCCGGGAGCCCGCUCCACAGCGUGGAGACGUCCCUCUAAGCAGAACUGCUCUCGGCACGGCACGCGCACUCCCCGCACACACACGCACCCGGGCGGGCCGGACGAGGGCACCGGCCACGAGGAGGGCCUGCCAGGCCGCUGAAGAUGCUCGAAGGCACCUGCCAGGAGCCAAUGCAUUCUAGGCUUCUUACUCAGGAGGACCAGGAAGGGGAAGGAGGAGGAAGGAGAGACCAAGAACAGUUGUGUUCCCCCCUUUUUCUAUGGAAGCUUUUUUAAACGAACACUGUAAUUCCACCAGAUGUUCCCUGUUCGGGCUGUGCAGUGUGGCAGAGGGCCGGUUUCGGUUUAUUGAGAGCUUCGUGGCACCUGCUGCAGAGCAAUUGGAUCCACAGGUACCAGAGGCGAGCACCGCUCUGCAGGAAGGAUGCUCCCACCCAGAUGGUCCACCGGCCCAGCACCCCCUCCCCAGGACGCGUGCAGUCAGCCUGUGUGUGCAUGUGUGCGUAGCCACGUGUGUGCGCGUAUAGACGUGUCCGUGCACACAGGACCAGAUGCGUAUCUAAAGGAUAAGGAACUACUUAACGGCAUGAUAUUUCCAUUUCUCUUAUCGGGUGUUUUCAUUUUGAGAUUUCAUUAUUUAUCGCGGCAGGGUUUUUUUCAGGGAACUAGACUGCAAGAAUAGCCUUCUGGUUGCUUGGGACGCCCCUCCCCCGCACUGCUCCCCUCCCCCCAGUCCCCUCCAUCCUCCGUACUCCCAGCACAGCUCCUGGGAAGGCAGG